UUUUUGCUUCCCAUUUUGUCUCGUGUGCGGCAACGUCCACGGUUCACCGUGGUUCGUUCACUGACGUUUCCGCUGUGCCAUCGCAUGGCCGACGUGUGCAUACCGAGGAUCGCGCUCGCGUGGUACUCGCCGUGUGACGAAUCGCGUCGCCGCUGAAGAGGACCAGCUCGUCGCGAUAACGUCGGGCACACUGAUCACACCGUAACGAUCCUCUGAAGUGAGUGCGAGGACGGAAGAGAGGAACCUGUGGCAAGAUCCGAUUCCCCGUCAUCGACGUGGGCCACAUUUCCUGCUCCAUUCACCCUCGUCAUUAUCAUCGUCGUCGUCCUCCACGUCCACCUUCGGGCGGACCAGAGCGCGCGUGGCAGCGAUUAAAUUUUCAGCAUCUCGGGCACCAACCCGCCGUAACGUCGCGACCACGCGUCCCCACGCACAUCCGCAGCGAUGUCGAACGAGGAGACCUCCGCCGACCGCAACGUCGAGAUCUGGAAAAUCAAGAAGCUCAUAAAGAGUCUCGAGAUGGCCAGAGGGAAUGGCACGAGUAUGAUUUCGUUAAUCAUACCUCCAAAGGACCAAAUAUCGAGAGUGAGCAAGAUGCUGGCGGAUGAAUUCGGUACAGCGUCGAACAUUAAGUCACGUGUAAAUAGAUUAUCUGUUUUGGGUGCAAUCACAUCGGUGCAGCAUAGGCUAAAGCUAUAUACAAAAGUGCCUCCAAAUGGCCUGGUAAUUUAUUGUGGAACUAUUGUAACAGAAGAAGGAAAAGAAAAAAAAGUCAACAUCGAUUUUGAGCCUUUCAAACCUAUCAAUACAUCUUUAUAUCUUUGUGAUAAUAAGUUUCACACAGAAGCACUCACGGCAUUACUCGCAGAUGAUAACAAAUUUGGUUUUAUUGUAAUGGAUGGUAAUGGAGCGUUAUUUGGAACGCUGCAAGGUAACACCCGCGAGGUGUUACAUAAAUUCACCGUAGAUCUUCCCAAGAAACAUGGCAGAGGUGGUCAAUCUGCAUUGCGUUUUGCCCGAUUACGCAUGGAAAAACGGCAUAAUUAUGUUCGAAAAGUAGCUGAAGUCGCUACUCAAUUAUAUAUCACAAACGACAAACCUAACAUCGCUGGAUUGAUCCUUGCGGGUAGUGCCGAUUUUAAAACGGAACUUAGUCAAUCCGAUAUGUUCGAUCCAAGAUUGCAAGCUAAGGUUAUAAAGCUAGUUGAUGUAUCAUAUGGUGGCGAAAAUGGUUUUAAUCAAGCUAUUGAAUUAGCGGCCGAAUCUUUGCAAAAUGUAAAGUUUAUUCAAGAGAAAAAAUUAAUCGGGCGCUACUUUGAUGAAAUUUCUCAAGAAACUGGCAAAUAUUGUUUUGGUGUAGAAGAUACGUUGAGAGCCUUGGAAUUGGGUAGCGUCGAAACUUUAAUUUGUUGGGAAAAUUUAGAUAUUCAACGAUAUGUCCUGAAAAAUCAUACGAACGCUGAAGAAAAAGUACUACACUUAACGCCAGAACAAGAAAAAGAUAAAACUCAUUUUACUGAUAAGGAAAGUGGGGUAGAAUUGGAACUCGUAGAAUGUCAACCACUACUGGAAUGGCUUGCAAAUAAUUAUAAAAGUUUUGGUGCCACUUUGGAAAUUAUCACGGACAAAUCUCAGGAAGGAUCCCAGUUUGUUAGAGGUUUUGGUGGUAUAGGAGGUAUCUUGCGGUACAAAGUGGACUUUCAAAGUAUGCAGCUGGACGACAUCGAGACUGAUGGUUUUGAUUUGGACGACUACUAAGUCCAUGACUCAAUCGACAUUUGGUUCUCUUAGCUUCGGAGAAAGCAGGGACUUGAGUAUGUUCUUUCUCAUGAUGCCCCAAGAAAGAAGCGUAAAGAAAAUAUGUUUCAAAAUUUACAAUACAGCACGUACGAUAUCGUCAUAAAAUUAUUGUCUAGAAUUUACCAAACAUGAAACAGAUUGUAAUUGAUACACGAAAGAGAAGAGUACCAGCGAAUAUGGCGCGGCUGAUAUAAUCCAUGUCUAUAAAAGAAAAGGCGAUUCGAAGACUGUGACACUUAAUUAAGCCAGCUUGAUACCUGCCUAUUCUCAUACAUUCACCACCUUAUAUUACAAUUUAUGGUCUUUAAUUAUUCACAGGGAUUCCUUUAAAUAAAUUACGCGCUCUACAGUUCCGAAUACAAAUGUACAGUGUAUGGUGGUUCGAUUGUAAUUUUAUAUUAAAUUGAUGUUUGUCAUCUUAUCAUAAAUUUUACGAGAAAUGAGUGUUUGAGCUACAAGAGUGGCUAUAGCGUUAUUUUGUUCAGACACAAUCAUGAAAGAGCUGUAAUAAACUGAUUAUUAUGAACAUACAAUUGCGUAUCGUGCAUUCUACACCGAUAUUUGCAAAAUUCAUACGGAGAAGAGUUCUGUAAAUAGAUGUCAAUUUUUAAAAACGGCACAGUUGCCUUAGACAUAAGUUGAGGUCGCGUACACGAUCCACGGAGUAAAUGAAGUAUUUCCGUCUUAUGCAGUGAUACACACUUGUAAACGUAAGGACAGAUAAUUCCUCGCAAUUCUACAUUGCUCCGUUGCUGGCUCUUGGCUCUUAGAUUUUUGUACAUUCACACAAUUGUACAUAAGAAACGCUUCGCAAAAGUAUCGAAGUAAUUUUUCAUUGUUAUAGUGGUGCACCUCAGUGAAGAGAAAGAUAUUCCCCGCAAUAUUUAAACAGUUACUGAAGAUAUAUUACGAAAUUUAUUUUAACAUUGUUAAUUUAAUUUGCUUAUUCGUAUGAUGCCUCUGUAAUAAAUGACGCUAUGUAUGUAUAAAUGUGAAAAGAAUGUAACGUGCAAUUUUGGUGAAGUAUCCUUUAUGAAAGAAUACUGUAUAGAGAGCGAAGAGUUUCUCAAAGAGUCUCGAAUGUUGUGAGAUUUACUCGACGAAAACGAUGUAUCGUUAUUUAAUAAUGUAUCUACAUUAUUUGCGAUAUUGUUGUACACCUUGCAGAGACAAAAACAGGCGCACAAGAGAACUUCAUCAAAGUGGAACGUACGAGAAAGAUCCGAUUUUGCGAUAUGUGCACAACGAAUUCCAGAACGUGAUGAUUCGAAGUAUUUGUAUAUCUGUGUAUUGUCUCUCAAGAUACCCAGAUGUUAAUUACCGGCUUAACGUUUCUUCAAAUUUUUAUAUGUAAACAUCUUCUCAUUAUAGGAGUCUAGAUAGUUAUUUAUUUCUAUACAUCGGUGCGACUACGUUUCUGCUUAGCGGAACAUCCAUUUAAGUACGCAAGAUAGAUAAAUUAAGAAAUCAAUAAAUAUCAAUGCAUGAAAGUGAGAGAGAAAGAGAAAGAAUGAGAGAAAGAAUGAAAGAAAGGAAGAGAAUAGGGAAAGCCUUGUAAUCUUUGUUUUAAGGUAAAGGUAAAGGUACAUGGAAAUAUCGUCCACGCGAGUUGCUUUAAUAACGGAUCGAUGACGUACUUAGAUUAUGGCUUGCCUAUGAUCUCUACAAGUAUAGUUAUAUAAUGUAUAAUCUAUUAAUAUGUUCGUCAUUGAUUAUUUUACUUCCACAUUUUGCCAGUGAAAUGUGUCUUUUAAUCGAAAUUGUUUCCUUAAUAUCUCAUUAGUCAUUACAUUUUGUAUCCGAAGGAAGGCAACACGAGAGCGUAAUCGUUGAAAAUUUUAUCCUGGCUAAUAUUUUUCAGAGUACAAUUUUAUUGUAAUGCUUCACGUUUUCGUAUAUGUGUAUCACACGUGCUGUUCUAAAAUGAAAUCUGUUUUUGCUGGAUUACAAGUAUACAUGGAUCAUAGCUAAGGAUUGGGAAAGAAAUUUUUGAUGGUACUGCUGCUCAUUUUGUAUGAGAUUUAUGCUUUGUCAGGUGACAAAGAGGAAGAUUGAAAUAAUGAGAGAUACAAAAAUAUUCUAUACAUAUAUCCAUGUGUUAAUUCGAAAGAAAUAGCAAAAAUAAAUUUUUCGAAAAAUAACGUAAUCUUUUUACAACACAGUAUAUAAUUUAUUGAUUAAUAUAACUAUCAAUUUAUAGUUCUCUCCUACAUACAUAUAUAUAUUUUUUUGCACAUGAUUCUCUUUAAUGAUUAAUAUUUUUUCAAAAAAUAAAUUAUAUGUGCAUGUACAAAGUACGUGAGAGCUACGAUAAAUCGGUGUUAUCGUAGUGUAUUCAAGAGAUACAAUUUUUUGGGAUAAUAAUUAGUAUCUUACAUGUCAAUAAUUGGAAGUUUGUCGAAUAACAUUAUUUCCAAUCUUCCUUUUCUCACGCAUAUUUUACUCUCGAAGUUUUAUAUAAAAGAAAGAGAGUAACGUGUCAUCGUAAUAUAAAAUGCCGACUAGAACUGGACAACCAUAGGAUAUUAAACAGUACAUGAGUGAAAAAAUACAAUCUAUGUUUCUCAUAUA